AUGCACUUUUCAACUACCUCAUUUCUCGCGGUUCUCACCGCAUCACUUGCUUCUGCGCAACAAAUGCAGAUCAAUUAUUAUAGCGAUCAGUGCAGCAGCUAUCUCGGUUCAGUCGAGGUGACUUGGGCAACCAACUUAUAUGCUGGGCCUCCGAACUGCUACAACUAUCAAUAUGGUGCCUUUGCGAACAUUGCCAAUUGCUGGGCAGGUGGCUGCGUGUGCGACUUUUACCAAGGAUCGAAUUGUGGUGGCGAGAGGCUGAUUGAGCAAGCUUUUGGGGGAGGUAACUGUGUUCAAGUUGAUGGAGCCCAGUCAUUUGCAUGCUAUUAUGGCAUGUAA